AUGAAGCCGACACCGAGAAAAACUGGGGAGCGAGUUACCCGCAGCCAAGGACCUGCGAAGUCUGCCAAGAAGGCAAACUUGGAGCUUGACUUGUUUGAGUUGGUGUCGUUUGAUGUACCUGAAGAAAGCACAGACAUGCUAGUUAUAGAAGAACAAGUUUCAGAAACAUUGACUGAUAAAAAAUUACCUGAUUUGGACGAGGAAGCAAAUUGUGACAAUUUUCUGGUAUUUACCAAAGUCAAAUCACCAAAGGCUGCUCCAAAGGAAACUUCAUUAACAGGAGAGGUUAAUAUAUCAUCACUGCUCAUAAAUGGCAGAAUGGGUGACAAACUGGACAUUAAAAAUGACAAUAAGGAUAUAGAUUCUUCUGAUAUUUCCUUUGUGCCUAUCUCUAAGGAGAUUCUUAAAAAAGAGAAGUCUAAACGGAAUAAGUACAAAAAACUUCCGAUGUUUUCUGAUCAACAACGCAAAGCAGUUUUUAAAAGUGUGAAAAAACUCAUUGAGAGUGAGACUUCUGAAGAUGAAUACCUUCGUAAGCUGGAACUGAAAAAGUUAAUCAAGAAACUGAAAGAGAAAGCUGCUCGUGGCACUUUGGGAGAAAAAAAGAGCUCAGAAAUUGAGGAUAAACAAAAGAAAAAGAGCAAGAAAAAUAAAGAAACUGUUGAAGUCACAGAUGAAACAGAAAUUGUUGAAGAACCAGUAAAAUGUAACAGGAAGAUGAAGAAAAAGGCUAUAGCAGCUUUGGAAUUGGCAGAAGAAACUGUACAGGAAGUGCAAGAAGAACAAGUAAAACGGGACAAAAAAAAGAAGAAAAAGUCUAGGGAAGCCUCUGAAUUGACGGAAAAAAUUGGUUCUCAAAAGAGGAAAUUGGUUGAAGAUUCUGAAAAUAUAGAAUCCUCCAAAGUUAAGAAAUCCAAAAAGGUCAGAAGUAUGUCUGUUGAAGAUGAUAUUGAAGCAGAAAAUGUAGAUGAAGUGGACGAUGAGAAAGUAAACCAGGACAAGAAAAAAACUAUGGAGGCUUCAAAAUUGACGGAAGGCACUGUAGAGGAAGUGCAUGAAGGACAAGUGAAACGUAACAAAAAAAAGAAGAAAAAGUCCAAGAAAGCUUCUGAAUCGACAGAAAAAAUUGGUCCUACAAAGAGGAAAUUGGAUGAAGAUUCUGAAAAUGUAGAAUCCUCCAAAGUUAAGAAAUCCAAAAAAAUCCAUAGUGUAGCCAUUGCUGAAGAUGAUACUGAAGUAAAAAAGCCGGGUGUUAUCAUUACUUCAAGCAUUCCUCAUUCUGCUGACAGCAUUGAAAUACAAGAUCUCUUCCUUGAUGAAGGAAUCCAACUUCUGUCUAUGAGGAAGAGAAACAAUUUCUUUCCUCCACAGUUUCUUUCCUCACAGUUUCUUUCCUCACAGUUUCUUUCCUCACAGUUUUUUUCCUCACAGUUUCUUUUUCACAGUUUCUUUCCUUCACAGUUUCUUUCCUCCUCACAGUUUCUUUUCACAGUUUUCUUUCCUCACAGUUUCCUCAGUUUCUUUUUCCUCACAGUUUCUUUUCACAGUUUCUUUCCUCACAGAGUUUCUUUCCUGGAGUUUUCUUUCCUAGUUUUUCCUCCACAGUUUCUUUCCUCACAGUUUCUUUCCUUUCUUUCCAAGUUUCUUUCCUCAGUUUCUUUCCUCUGUUUCUUUCCUCACAGUUUCUUUCCUCACAGUUUCUUUCUCACAGUUUCUUUCCUCCCACAGUUUUUUCCUGUUUCUUUCCUAGUUUCUUUCCUCACAGUUUCUUUCCUCAGUUUCUUUCCUAGUUUCUUUCCUCACAUGGUUUCUUUCCUCAGUUUCUUUCCUCCUGGUUUCUUUCCUCACAGUUUUAGUUUCUUUCCUCACAAGUGGUUUCUUUCCUCUGGUUUUCUUUCCUCACAGUUUCUUUCCUCACAGUUUCUUUCCUCCACAGUUUCUUUCCUCCUCAGUUUUCUUUCCUCACAGUUUCUUUCCUCACAGUUUCUUUCCUCCAGUUUCUUUCCUCUGGUUUCUUUUCCUCACAGUUUCUUUCCUCAGUUUCUUUCCUCACAGUUUCUUUCCUCACAGUUUCUUUCCUCACAGUUUCUUUCCUCACAGUUUCUUUCCUCACAGUUUCUUUCCUCACAGUUUCUUUCCUCACAGUUUCUUUCCUCACAGUUUCUUUCCUCAAGUUUCUUUUCAGUUUUUCCUCACAGUUUCUUUCCUCAGUUUCUUUUCUCCAGUUUCUUUCCUCACAGUUUUCUUUCCUCACAGUUUCAGUUUUCACAGUUUCUUUCCUCACAGUUUCUUUCCUCAGUUUCUUUCCUCCCAGUUUCUUUCCUCACAGUUUCUUUCCUCACAGUUUCUUUCCUCACAGUUUCUUUUUCCUCACAGUUUCUUUCCUCCUCACAGUUUCUUUCCUCAGUUUCUUUCCUCUUUCUUUCCUCAGUUUCUUUCCUCACAGUUUCUUUCCUCACAGUUUCUUUCCUUCUUUUUUUCCUCACAGUUUCUUUUCAGUUUCUUUCCUCAGUUUCUUUCCUCACAGUUUUCUUUCCUCAGUUUCUUUCCUCACAGUUUCUUUCCUCACAGUUUCUUUUUCACAGUUUCUUUCCUCACAGUUUCUUUCCUCACAGUUUCUUCCUCAGUUUCUUUCCUCACAGUUUCUUUCCUCACAGUUUCUUUCCUCAGUUUCUUUCCUCACAGUUUCUUUCCUCACAGUUUCUUUCCUCAGUUUCUUUCCUCACAGUUUCUUUCCUCAGUUUCUUUUCCUCACAGUUUCUUUCCUCAGUUUCUUUUCAGUUUCUUUCCUCACAGUUUCUUUCCUCACAGUUUCUUUCCUCACAGUUUCUUUCCUUUCUUUCCUCACAGUUUCUUUCCUCACAGUUUCUUUCCUCACAGUUUCUUUCCUCACAGUUUUCUUUUCACAGUUUCUUUCCUCACAGUUUCUUUCCUCACAGUUUCUUUCCUCUGGUUUCUUUCCUCAGUUUCUUUCCUCACAGUUUCUUUCCUCACAGUUUCUUUCCUCACAGUUUCUUUCCUCACAGUUUCUUUCCUCACAGUUUCUUUCCUCACAGUUUCUUUCCUCACAGUUUCUUUCCUCACAGUUUCUUUCCUCACAGUUUCUUUCCUCACAGUUUCUUUCCUCACAGUUUCUUUCCUCACAGUUUCUUUCCUCACAGUUUCUUUCCUCACAGUUUCUUUUUUCCUCUCACAGUUUCUUUCCUUCAGUUUCUUUUCCAGUUUCUUUCCUCAGUUUUCUUUCCUCACAGUUUCUUUCCUUUUCCUCACAGUUUCUUUCCUCACAGUUUCUUUUCACAGUUUCUUUCCUCACAGUUUCUUUCCUCUUUCCUCAGUUUCUUUCCUCACAGUUUCUUUCCUCACAGUUUCUUUCCUCACAGUUUCUUUCCUCACAGUUUCAGUUUCUUUCCUCAGUUUCUUUCCUCAGUUUCUUUCCUCACAGUUUCUUUCCUCACAGUUUCUUUCCUCACAGUUUCUUUCCUCACAGUUUCUCACAGUUUCUUUCCUCACAGUUUUCCUCACAGUUUCUUUUCUGGUUUUUUCCUCACAGUUUCUUUCCUCACAGUUUCUUUCCUCACAGUUUCUUUCCUCAGUUUCUUUCCUCACAGUUUCUUUCCUCACAGUUUCUUUCCUCCCACAGUUUCUUUCCUCCUUUCAGUUUCUUUCCCCCACAGUUUCUUUCCUCACAGUUUCUUUCCUCCCCAGUUUCUUUCCUCACAGUUUCUUUUCAUAGUUUCUUUCCUCACAGUUUCUUUCCUCACAGUUUCUUUCCUCACAGUUUCUUUCCUCACAGUUUCUUUUCCAGUUUCACACAGUUUCUUUCCUCACAGUUUCUUUCCUCCACAGUUUCUUUUCCUCCACACAGUUUCUUUUCUUUUCUUUCCUCACAGUUUCUUUCCUCACAGUUUCUUUCCUCACAGUUUCUUUCCUCACAGUUUCUUUCCUCACAGUUUCUUUCCUCAGUUUCUUUCCUCACAGUUUCUUUCCUCCACAGUUUCUUUCCUCAGUUUCUUUCCUCAGUUUCUUUCCUCACAGUUUCUUUCCUCACAGUUUCUUUCUUUCCUCCUCACAGUUUCUUUCCUCCACAGUUUCUUUCCUCUGGUUUCUUUCCUCACAGGUUUCUUUCCUCACAGUUUCUUUCCUCACAGUUUCUUUCCUCCCAGUUUCUUUUCUUUCCUCACAGUUUCUUUUCAGUUUCUUUCCUCACAGUUUCUUUCCUCACAGUUUUUCCUCACAGUUUCUUUCCUCAGUUUCUUUCCUCACAGUUUCUUUCCUCAGUUUCUUUCCUCACAGUUUCUUUCCUCCACAGUUUCUUUCCUCACAGUUUCUUUCCUCAGUUUCUUUCCAGUUUCUUUUCACAGUUUCUUUCCUCACAGUUUCUUUCCUCACAGUUUCUUUCCUCUGGUUUCUUUCCUCACAGUUUCUUUCCUCACAGUUUCUUUCCUCACACAGUUUCUUUUUCUUUCCUCACAGUUUCUUUCCUCAGUUUCUUUUCUUUCUUUCCUCACAUUUCUUUCCUCACAGUUUCUUUCCUCACAGAACAGUUUCUUUUCCUCCACAGUUUCUUUCCUCACAGUUUCUUUCCUUUCUUUCCUCACAGUUUCUUUCCUCACAGUUUCUUUCCCUCAGUUUCUUUCCUCACAGUUUCUUUCCUCACAGUUUCUUUCCACAGUUUCUUUCCUGAAGUUUCUUUCCUCACAGUUCUUUCCUCCAGUUUCUUUCCUCCAAGUUUCUUUCCUCACAGUUUCUUUCCUCACAGUUUCUUUCCUCACAGUUUCUUUCCUCACAGUUUCUCCUCAAGUUUCUUUCCUCCAAGUUUCUUUCCUUUUCUUUCCUCCAGUUUCUUUCCUCACAUCACAUAAAGAUGAAAUAGUUAUCAAAGAUGCUGACCAAGUUGGCACUGCUGUGUCUCUGUUAAGCAACAAAUAUUUUGGUGGUUCUGUACGUAUCGACAAAAAUUUACCCAAUACAAAACAUGGUGGCAUUACCGAUGAUGAAGGGCUUCGCUUUAGUCAGGUGUAUAUCACUCGGAUUCCACUCCAUGCAACAGAAGCUGAUAUCCUUUCUUUAUUCCCGAAAGCACUUCGGUGUGACCUUCCCAAAGUGAAAGAAGCUGAUGUUAAUAAAGGAUUUUGUUACCUGACCUUCCCAGACAAAGCAACUGCACUUGAACAUGUUUUAUUGAAUGGCCAAGUGAAUUUGUUUGGUUAUAAAUUGGGCAUUCAUGCAAGACAGAAAGAUUGUAAGCAAGGAACUUAUGGACACUUACUGAAGGAAAUGCUUGUAUAUAUCACUGACCUUGAUUCGGUGUUGAUUGUUGAAGAUAUGCCCUUGGACUUGACUAUGUUAGAAUUGUCGACUUUGUUUCCUUCUGUUCUGCACAUAAAGAAAAAAGAAAAAAACAAAACGGGAUCACAUGCUGUUGUGAUUUGUAAAGAUGCUGAACAAGCUGAAGGAUUUUUGUCACAAAAUAUUGUGUUUAAGGACAAAACGUUGAGUGUGAUCAGGGCAACAAGUCAACUCCUGAAUAUCGCUUCAAACCAAGCUGACUUGAGUUUUAAAAGACCAGCAGCUUACCAACAAUCCACGUUAAUAGUAAGUAACCUGCCUAAGAAAACAGAGGCGCAGCACCUUAUAGAUGCCUUCCCAAGUUCUGUUCUUGUUAAACUGGUUUCAAAAAGCUAUGCUCAUGUAGGUUUUCCCACUCGAGCAGAAAUGCUUAAAAUUUACCGAAACAGAAAUAAUUCAACCAAAAUAAUGGGCCAGCCAGUCAAAUUAGAACCUUAUAAAGAUAAUGUACAAACAUUUAUUAAAAGGGAAAAAGACUUCUGCAGAUUGCUUCAUGUUCGAGGCUUCCCUGAAAAGACCAAAGCUGCUGAUCUUCAAAAGGUCUUCAAACAUUGCAAGAUUGGUCUCACACAAACUAAUUCUCUACCAUGUGCCGUUGUUAAAUGCAAAACUAAAGCACAAGCAGAAUCAUACUUGGCAAGAAAGAAUUUGGUUGUUCAUGGCAAAAUCCUCAAACUGACAUAUGUUGAUAGAAUACUGAAACAAAUGAAACGCGAAGCAGAACUGAACUUAAUGUAA